AUGUCCACUUCGUCUACAGCCGAAGCCGCUGGGACCUUCCCACCUGACGUCGAAAAGAAUUUAUACGAAAAAGAUGAGGCUGCGCGUGCGAGACAGGCGUCUACCAAUUCCACCUUCCGCCACGAUGAAAACCACAUUUACAUCAACGACACUCCCAUUGACAAGCGUGACUUUAUGUACGCCUUUGGUGGUACAUUCACAACUGGUUUGAGCACGAGACCUAGAAGGACUUUCGGAAAUCCCGUCCCUGCAGGACUAGCUGCGUUCUCAUGCACCACAAUCACUCUGGGUUUGGUUCAACUUCAGGCCCGUCACGUUAGUGAGGCUACAGUUUUGCUAGGAUCGUGCUUUUUUUGCUCAGGACUGGUGGAAAUUAUUGCUGGAAUUUGGUGUUUGAUUCUGGAAAACACAUGGGCCUCAACAGUGUUCCUGAUGUUUGGUGGUUUUUGGAUGUCAUAUGCUUGUGUUCUCACAUCAGGAUUUGGUAUUGGAGCUGCAUACGCUACAACAGAGGAAUAUAGUCAGGCAAUUGCGUUAUUCUAUACACCAUGGGCAAUAUUCUCGUUCUUGCUGUGGAUUUGUACAUUCAAGUCUACGCUUUCGAUGUGUUUGCUUAUGUUCCUAAUUUGGUUCUUCGUGCUGUUGUUCACGAUUGCGGAAUACACUGGAUCUGUUGGUACGGCGAAGGCUGGUGGUGUCUUCUGUCUUUUGAGUGGUCUGUGUGGGCUCUAUAACUGUUUGGCUGGUAUGGCGGACACGUCCAACUCGUACUUCACGCUCAAGCCGUUCUACUUGCCCGGUGCAGCAAGACCUCCCAAGGCUGAGAAGAAGGAGUCUUAA